AUGCAGCGAGCUCUAUUCACCGAGGAAGAGAUCCGGCUGGCAGCGGAGCGUCGCCGGAAAUACAUAGGAACUGCCAAAGUCAGUAUCAGUCAUAUACUAUUCGAUCCUCCAUUGCCAAGGGAUCUUGACCCAAAGAACUUGGGUCGGCUCCGCGAGAUCUUCCGUAAAAACCGCUGCCGCCGACUCGAUGUGGAUAAUCACGUCCCUGCGAUUGUGUCCCAGGGAGAUCUCGCUGGUGCCCUGCGGAACGCGAAUGUUUCACAGCGAGCGCUGCUGACUAAUGAUCCUCACCAACUUCCGCAACUGCGGUUCGCGGCUGGACAGUUGCGGGCGCUUCAUGGACGUCAUCGGGUGCAGGCGGGAGCCGAGGUGCUUCCUCCAGCUGACCGUUGGUGGACGGUAGAUCUCUAUCUAGAUGAGAUCGGCGAAGAAUUGAGAACCUCACUGGUGGAGGAAUAUGCAAACCAGAAAAGGCCGACCGACGGAGAAAUAUAUCGGAAGAUUCGACAGUAUGAAGGCGAGGGCAAUGAAGCCUUCCGGCAGCGGUGGUUUGUCCGGCUAUCACGAAGCAACCAAGCACGCCUGGAUCAGCUCGACAACAGAAGGAACCGACGUCUCCGGCUAGCCUUCGAUCGGCUAUUGCCAAUCCCGGGUCUUUGGCCGCAUGGGAUGCGAAUCAGCAUGCUUCACCGACUGAUCGCCACAGGCUGUGUCGAGGAGAUCCUCACCUACCUUGGUCAUAUCGGGGACUUCUGGUCCUCACUCGUGGCCUCAGAUCCAGAUUCGAUCAAGAGGAUUGAUCCAGACACUGUGGAUGCCCUGCAGUUGCUGGCGCCGGGCAAGUCUAGAAUCGACACAAAAAUAGCCUGUGGGCUGGUGCUAGGCGGCCAAGCAUUCGCAGAAUUUAGUGACGGAGAACGAAGGGUCAUAUGGAACCGAUUGGCAAAUUUUGACGGGCUUGUUCCGUCUUUGUACACAUUCUUUGAAGAUUUCAAGUAUCUCGAAAGUUGUGCGCAUUGCGUGAAGCGACUCUUUGGCUCGUCAACCGAAUCUGUGUGGAAAACCAUGAGCUCGAUUUUCGUUCCGUAUUCGGGUUCGGAGGUGGAAGAGAGACUUAUCCAAACUUCCGAAUCCACUUUCCGACGUGAGGCCGCGACCGAUGCGGAGCGUCUUGAUAUGGGGUAUUUACAGAUCUGGCUGUACGCAAUGCGACAUUAUCCUCUGAUGCCCCCGGACCCGAAGAGUGACGACGAGCUUUUGGCAAAGCCGUCUCGUGCCAUAGCCGACAAGAGGGCGAUCUAUGAGAUGGCCGAGCUUGCUCGCCGGCUCGGGUUCCAGUCCCCAGAGAUUGAGGCAAUAAUUGAUGGUUCCCCAGAUCGUGAGAUCGCGCGGGCAGCUCUGCUACAGGCCAGGAAACCUGACCGUUUCCGGUAUGACGAACGGCAGUUCGAUACCCUGGUCAGCCGAAUUGUUGAUUGUUUUGCUGCUGCGGUUGCUGACCAGCCCGAAAUCGUUCAUGAACUUCUCGCGGAUAGUACCGUGAAGCCUCGGGCCCGAUGCGGCAUGCCGCGAAUGCGCACACACAAGCAAGAUACCCCUUUGCUCUUCGUGGACCGUCUACACGCUGAGGUUGAGGUUGCAGACACAAUCACUACCUUUUUUGUGCGUCGUUGUGUUUAUUUCGCCUUCUUCGGGAAGCCUGCACAACCUGGACCCACCGAGGGCGAGAGCGACAGAGAGACUCCCGGAGAUAUGGAUGUUCCCCCUCUAUCGCCAUUGUUCGUCGGAGAGGAUGGGCCUUCCGCUCACGAUGUAAUCACCAUGUAUGCUGAUCUACCGCGGGAGCCGUCUCAACAGGAACGAGGUCAGCCACAGCCCCUGGGUGCCCGACAGGAUGCGGAACAGCGAACUCUACCCAGCCAGCAAGCACCGAGGGGACGAAAGGAACGGAAUGUUGCGAAACCGCGACGAAAACGGAAACUCCAGACGCGCAGGCGUGGCCUUCGCCAUGGGGGGGAAUCAGAUCAAGACCCCAUGGAGGUUGAAUGGCUGAGCACAGAGCACUCGGACCAGGAUAUGUCCGAUCAAGAAACCCCGGAACCCCCUGAGUCAAGUCCAGUUAUUACGCGUCGGGAGCCGCCGGACGAGUCAAUUACGAUCGAUUCAGCAACGGCGGCGACGGCCCACAUGGGAUCAUUAGAACGCAUUACUUCUGAUGAAACCUCCGACAAGGGAGCGCAUGGCACUCUAAAUCUUGACUCAGGCGUGCUGCAACCUACGCAUGGCCCGGCAAACCACGAAGAAGCGGACACGAACAGCCAAUGCACAAGGAUUUCCGUUGGAUCAGAACCUCCCGAGCGGGUGUCAGAGGAGAGAUCAAUUAUAGAUGGCCCGCAUCAAGGCGCUGCUCAAGACCGGACGCGGGUCGACAGUCCACAGCCCGAGUCCUCGAAAUCAGAUCUUGGCACUGGCAGGCAACAAGAGGUCUCGGAUGAGUACCUUGAGCAGCUGAUGAGAGCCCAGGAGGAGCAAGAGAGGCUGGAAGAAGAGUUAGAACGCGAACGACUUGCGGAGGAGCUUGGCCUUUCUAACCAGGAGCAGCCUGUUCCGGAAGCUUCGCCUGGAUCUCAAGUAAGGCAGGAUUCACCAUCGAGCCCGUCUCACAGCGAACCCAUACAGACGACAACCAGCACAAGCUCGAGGCCUACUCAAGACCCACUCGCAGUCUCUCACCGCGAAGGGCAAAUGCCGCCCCAAGUGGACAGUCUUGUAGCAUCCACUCCCAGAGGAACUGCCAGCGACCCCGACAGUCAGAGCCCUCGAGCAGUUGAGGACGGGGCCACGCAACCGGUGGGGGCGUUGCUGCCUCCAGAACGGGUCGAAAUCUCCUUCUGGGUCUUUGAACGAGAACAGUGGAGGAGGACUGAUCGUUUUGAAGUAGAUCCUUCGGAUCCAGCGCCGCUGGAACGAGCGGCGCUGAAAUAUAUGUGGAAGAAAUUUUCACUAUAUGAUCGGAACCUGCAAAGCCUCAGGCCCGACCAGUGUUAUCGCGCGGCGACUGUGGAUGGCAAUAACGCAAUAUUCCUGAUAUCGGAGGACGAAGAGAAGAGGCUUGCGGCAGAAGGGCGACUCGACAAGGACAGGCAGCUUGUGAAGAUGGCCUCCCGGGUACGAGACCGGACAGAAUCCGAGCCAGGGUCUCCUACCAAGCGCUACCGUUCUGUGACAUUCAAAGAAACAUAA